CGCUUUGACUGAUGCCGAGGAGGAGCUUGUAAGCGCUGGUGCCUUAGCUACCAAUAGACAAUAGGAGACAUACCCACAGCAACUAAUACAAACAACUUUAUUAGUGAUCUUUUGAGUAGUAUAUCAAAGGGACACAGCAGAAUAUUAGUCACUAUGGUGGUCUUCAAGAAAAUUAAGUGCUUCGAAGUGGUCUUCACCGACCCCGAGAAAGUCUACUGCGGAGGAGAUAAGGUGACUGGCAAGGUGCUGGUGGAAGUGUGCGAGGUCACCAGGGUGACAGCUGUCAAGUUGCUGGCCUGCGGAGUGGCCAAGGUCCUCUGGUCCUCUGCAUCCCAACACUGCAAGCAGGAGAUGGAGUACCUGAGAUACGAGGAAACCCUGCACAUGGAAGAGCAGCCUACUGAUUCUGACGGCUCUGUAAUCCUGAGACCCGGAAACCGUUACGAAUACAAAUUUGGAUUUGAGCUUCCUCAAGGGCCUUUGGGUACCACUUUCAAGGGGAAGUAUGGAUCUGUAAAAUAUUGGGUGAAAGCAUUCCUUGAACGUCCUUCACACCCAGCUCAAGAAGCGCAGAAGAAAUUCGAAGUGGUUGACUUUGUGGAUGUUAACACUCCAGAUCUAUUGUCUCCCAUUUCUGGCAAGAAGCACAAGAAGAUGACCUGCUUAUUCAUUCCCGAUGGACACAUCUCCAUGAGUGCCAGUAUUAACCGCAAAGGUUUCUGUCAAGGUGAGGAAAUCUGCAUCUCGGCUAACUUUGAGAACACCUGCUCUCGUAUUGUGGUCCCUAAAGCUGCCAUUGUCGCCAAGCACACCUAUUUGGCCAAUGGUCUGACCAAAGUCUUCACUCAGAAACUCUGUAGCGUGAGAGGAAAUCACAUAAUUUCUGGAAUGACAGACUCUUGGAGAGGAAAGAGCAUCCGUGUCCCAAAGAUCAAGCCAUCCAUCCUUGGUUGUAACAUCCUGCGAGUGGAGUACUCUUUGAUGGUCUACGUCAGUGUUCCUGGAGCAAAGAAGGUCAUUCUUGACUUGCCGCUCGUUAUUGGCAGCAGUUCAUCUGGUUUUAGCAGCCGCAGCUCUAGCAUGGCCAGUCAGGCAAGCUCUGAAAUGAGCUGGGUCGAACUAAACAUCCCUGGAACUCCAGAAGCACCACCAUGUUAUUUGGACAUUGUGCCUGAAGACCACAGGAUAGAGAGCCCAACGGCUCCUCUGAUCGAUGAGUUUGACGGUAUCUGUGACAGUCCCAUCUUCAUGUAUGCACCGGAGUUCAAGUUCAUGCCACCACCAACCUACACAGAGGUUGAUGCCAAUAAGAACACCUGCAGCAAUUAAACCGAACGAGGCACUUGACUGGUUACUCGCCCGUCAUUCUGAACUUUGUUAUAAAGCACUGUUACAAGCAGUUUCUCUAUCGACCUUGUAUGGCCUUAUCCUUCUGAGGUUCGUUUCAAGAAGCUGAAAACAAUGCAAAGUCAUAUGGCUGACUAACCUGCCACCCAUAGACUGUCCAUUUUCUUCAGGUGUGCCAUACCAAUGCAAAGUCUUAGCGAUAGGGCUGGCCUGCUUUGCCCACCACCUGGGGUCACGUGGGUGUAUAGCAGAUGGAGAGGACACUCCAAAGCACUGUUAGUUCACUGAAAACAGGGCUUGGAUUCUGAUUUAAUACCAGUUAUUCACGAUGGCUGGUUUCAAAGUCAAACUCAACUUUUUUAUUUUUAAAAAAGUCAAAGUAUUUCAAUUUAAGUAGGAGCAAAAAAAAAUCUACCAUCUUCUGGUGCCUUUUGUAUGUAUAUAUGCACACAUUUAACUGCAUCAUUCCAGCCAAGGGCAAUUGGGCACCCAUCUGCCAUGCUCUGUCAACGCGCUUUCAUUAUGAAGAGUUUAUUCAAACUGAGUUUUUUUGCCUUUUGAAAAUAUAACUUUUUGUUAUGUAUAUUUUUGCUCCUGAUCUUGGUGCAUCAUGGCGCCCACUCCUGAGCACAACUUAUAUACUGCUCUGAGCGGAACAUGUGCCGCAUGACUAUGUAACAAGCAUUUUGUUGAAUGUCUUCAAGAUGGCGUAGUGUUUUUGUAUUUUAGUUGAAGCAGUGUUACACUUUGUUUAAGCACUUGGUAUUGAAUCGUGUAAGCUAAUACUUUUAUUUAGGGCUGAUAAUUGACUCAACCACUAUAGCUAUGGCAUAUUCUUUUGCUUUAGCCUGAAGGUCUUCCAGGUGUCAACGAUGCAACCGUUGUCUUGCGGUAGCAAAAAUGGACUGCUUAUUUUUCUACUAGGCCUUCCUUUUAUUUUGUAAUCGCAAACUGACACUCCCGAAACCUUUUUUGUGGUAUCGUUAAAACAUAUCAGCAAUAAAGGGAAUCUGUAAACCCCCCCCCCCCCCCCAGCUGCAUUAAGGGGGUGGGGUAUAUUCUUCAUUUUUUUUUUUAUGACUUCAAAGGGCUUUACAAAUAAUGCUGCAGUUUAAUAGAAGCCAUACUUUAUUUUCUUCAGUGCACUUUGGUCUUGGAUUGGUUAUACAGAGAUUCAUAGUAAGCAGCUUGAGUAAAAGAUUGUGGGACCUGUCACAUAUGCUUGCUUUGUUUCCUUGGUAAACAUUUUCUUGACCUAUAUUUUUUUAUUUAUAUAUUUUUUUUUUGUUCAGACGUCUGCCUGCUUUCAAGUAUUGUUACAUAUCCGUAAGAGGAUGCACUUAACUAGUAUUUGUACUGUACCAUGGCACUGCAAAUCUACAAGACUUCUUGUACACUAUUUCUUGAAUGUAUUCUUGCAAUGAGGAGAUAGUGGAGUUUUUUUUUUUUUUGUAUAUCUGUAAUAGAGUUUUAUUCUAUUUUGUACUGUGAUAUUUGGCCCUGUUUCGGGCAUUUGUCCUUUUUU